AUGCAAGCCCUAUUUGGGUUCAACCCGGGAGUGACGAUCCUGGUGGAGUUCGACCACAUCGACAAGAGGCCGACUAAGCCCUCCACGCCGGGCGAUAGACGAGCCUCGGAGGCGCUGCCCAUUUUCGAGGGCUCUGAGGCGGUUAGCGGCACUGCGACGGUUCUCGUAGCGCCGGGGAAGAAGGUGGACCACCUGGGGAUCAAGGCUGAGCUCAUCGGCCAGAUAGAGCUGUACUAUGACCGCGGCAACCACUACGAGUUUUCCUCGGUCGUGCGGGAGCUGGACACCGCGGGGGCGCUGGUCGGAAACCGACAAUAUCGCUUCGAUUUCAACUUGGCCGAGAAGCCGUACGAGUCGUACAGCGGCCUGAACGUAAGACUUCGGUACUUCGUGCGAGUCACCAUCUCCACGCGAGGGAAGAACGUCACGAAAGAAAUGGACUUCGUUGUGCAGAACAUCCAACAGGAGCCUGAGGCGUUGGAUUCGCUCAAGAUGGAAGUGGGUAUCGAGGACUGCCUUCAUAUCGAGUUCGAGUACGACAAGUCGGCCUACCACCUGCAAGACGUGGUCAUUGGCAAGAUCUACUUCUUGCUUGUGCGCAUCAAGAUCAAGCAUAUGGAGAUGGCGAUCAUCAGAAGAGAGACGGCAGGGACGGGAUCCAACCAGUACAACGAGAGUGAGACCAUCAUCAAGUACGAGGUCAUGGACGGGGCCCCCGCCAAAGGGGAGUGCGUGCCACUGCGAGUGUUCCUGAAGCCAUAUGCGCUGACGCCGACCUACCGAGGGACCAAUAAGUUCACGGUGAAGUACUUCCUUAACCUCGUGCUGGUGGACGAGGAGGACCGCAGGUAUUUCAAACAGCAGGAGGUUACCCUGUGGCGCAAGUACGUGGCGUGAUCCUGCCACACAGCUAGGGGCGGCGUUGGAGCGCAACGGUGUUGAUGGGCUUCCGAGUAAGACCCCAGCAUUCUGCAAUGGUUCGGUGCGCACAAGAUGUUGUGGCAGAGCGAUUUUUCUGCAUGUUGAUGUAUGCAUGUGUUCGACAACGACUUCCGGUGUUGAAUAUUCCUGGUUGUGAAUCUUAAGCUAGAAGAGAGACACGGCUCCAGCGUUUCAGCGUUUUGCAACUUUGCCUUUUUCUUCUUUUCGUGGCCAUUGUAGGGUAUUUUGGUUGCACGGCUUGGGCGGGGUUUGGUGUUGCAACGUCCGCGUCCAAUUCUAAACGCUGGCGCCCAGCAGAAUCGUAGCUUACCAUCUGCCGGCAGGCGGAGGGAUACGCACAAGGACGGCAGUCCCCUUCGUGAUCGUGUACUUCGAAGCACGUAAUGUGCAUAAGGUUGAGGCAGAGGGGAACGAGACGACACUAGAUUCAGUUCUGUAAACUCGAUCUUGUUCACCUCUUUAAGCAUAUU